AUGAAAAAUGCAAUCGAAAAUGUUUUUCCUAAUGCACAUCAUCGCCUAUGUGCUUGGCACCUUAUUCGCAAUGCCACGAGUAAUGUAGGUAAUCCUAGGUUCACAUCGCAGUUUAAGAAGUGCAUGCUGGGUGAUUACGAGGUUGGUGUAUUCCGUAGUAAGUGGGAUCGGAUGGUUGAAGAGUUUGAUGUGCAAGACAAGCAAUGGAUAAUUGAUAUGUAUGAUAACCGUCAUAGUUGGGCAACAGCACAUAUCCGUGGGAAGUUCUUUGCUGGGUUUAGGACCACUUCUCGAUGUGAGGGGUUGCACUCAGUUAUUGCAAAGUAUGUCAAGUCCAGGUAUAAUUUAAGAGAUUUUGUAGAGCACUUUGAUAGAUGUGUUGCCUACAUUCGUUUCAAAGAUAGUCUAGCAGACUUUGAAUGUGCACAUGGAGUACCUGUGAUGCAAACUCAUUUAUUGUCAUUGGAGAAGUCUGCAGCUAAUUUAUAUACAAGAGAGGUAUUUUUUCUAUUUCGCCCUAUUAUUAUAAGGUCUGGUUCAAUGAAAGUGUUAGAUUGCAUUGAUGUUGGUUCUUAUAUGUUAUACACGGUGGUUAAGUAUGGUAGUCCUAACGAUACAUGGCAAGUAUCUUUCUGUGAUUUACCAAUGGAGUUUACUUGCUCCUGUAUGAGGAUGGAGUCAUUUGGCAUUCCUUGCGAACACAUUCUAUCUGUUUUAGUUACACUUGACAUUUGUGAAUUGCCAAAAUGUUUAGUUCUAGAUAGGUGGACCAAAAAUGUGAAACAACAAAUACAAGAUACAAGGGGGUUCACUUGGGAUUGCUUAAAGUCUACCCAAUACUGGUGUUUGAUGGACUGGUUUAGAUUGGUGGCUACACUAUCAGCAGGUAAAGAUGAUAGGUUCAGGAGCAUGAGGGAUUGGGCGAUAAACACAGUGGAUAAAAUGAAAGCUGAUGAUAUUGCUAGUGCAGUUGCUUCUAGUAGUGCAAUUCCUGCCACUCAUACAGAUCCUCGUGACCCCCCAAUUCGUAGAAGAGCUAAGGAUCGUGCCGGACAACGGUGUAGUAUAUGCCGGGAGCUCGGACAUAACAAAACUACAUGUCCAUAUCGGAGUAAGUAUGAUAGGAGUUCACAUGAACGGCAUAAUCUACCUACAGAUGAUGAUGCAUAUGAGGCUAUGUGGGAUGAGGAAGAAGACUUCAUUUACGAGGAAGAUGAAGGUGAAUGUGCGGAUAUGGAGAUAGAUGACUCUAAUUAUGAAUUUGGAAAUGAGGACGAUGGAGCCAAUGAAAUUAAUUAG